AUGUCAUUACCCAAUUUCCCAAACUCUCCUCAUGCCUCAUCCACUCCCACAAUCACCGAGUCUCCAUCAUACGGUGCAGGAGAUCAUCUUCCCGUUUGGUUAUUAGCGUUAUGCGGGUCAUUCACAGCAGUCGCUACUGGUGUAUCUAUAAUGUCAAUAACGCUUCAAUUGAAGAAUUAUAGAAAACCAUCAUUGCAAAGAGCUGUGGUCAGGAUUAUGGUGAUGGUUCCCCUGUAUGCUAUAUCAUCGCUCAUCGCUAUCUUUUCACUGGAAGCCGCUUUCUUUAUUGACGCAAUACGUGAUUUAUAUGAGGCAUUCGUGAUAUACACUUUCCUUCAACUUCUGAUUACAUAUUUAGGAGGUGAAAGAUCCCUCUUAAUCCUAUUACAUGGUCGACCACCUAUACCACAUCCAUUUCCUGUCAAUUUAUUCCUGCGUCCUAUGGAUGUCAGUGAUCCAUGGUCAUUACUAAGUCUCAAAAGAGGUGUACUUCAAUAUGUUCAAGUGAAACCCUUACUUGUACUGGCCACUGUCAUUCUGAAGCUUACAGGCAAAUAUAGAGAAGGUGAAUUUGCCGCUGAUUCAGGAUACACAUACAUCAGUAUAGUGUACAAUACCAGUAUUUGUCUGAGUUUAUACUGUUUGGCUAUGUUUUGGGUUGCUGUCAGUCAGGAUCUGAAACCUUUUAGACCUGUUCCCAAAUUCCUCUGUGUGAAAGGCAUUUUGUUCUUCUCCUUUUGGCAAUCUAUCGGCAUAUCAUUCUUAGUAGCUGUCAAAGCUAUCAAGAGAGUUGGACCAUAUACCGAUGCCGAACAUAUGUCUUUGGCAUUGGUUGAUUCAUUAGUCUGCUUCGAGAUGCCCAUAUUUGCCAUUGCACAUCAAUACGCUUUUCAAGCUAGUGAUUAUAUCGAUACGCAUCACAUUUACGCUGCACGACUGCCGUUUAUCUACGCAUUCCGCGAUGCAUUUGGCUUCAAAGAUGUAUGGGAAGAUACCAAGGAUACGAUCAAAGGACGAGGAGUCUCUUAUCAAGCGUAUGAGCCUGCUGAAGGUGGAUUGCAUUAUGGAUUAGGAAGACAAAGACGUAUCCGAGCUGGACUAAGAUACUCAAAAGGCGGAAAAUCGAAAUACUGGAUGCCGAUGCCAGGUGAUGAAGCACGUAAUAAAGGUGAAACUGGACCUAUAAGUGCUCUCAAACGAAAAGUGGAUGUGAGAUUAGCAGCCAGGGAAGGAUACGCGCCACUGUUACCUCAACAAGCGGCAAGAGUGGUUCACGAUGAUCCAAAUGGCCUAGAUGAAGGUUGGGGUUUAUUUGAUAGCGAUACGUCUGAGUCUGAUGCCCCUUCAAUAUCAUUCCAAUCCCUUGAUGAGGAGGAAGACAUAUUAUAUGAAAGAGCAAGAAGAAUAGGAUAUGCAGGAUUCCCAAAUGUGGAUGUUAGCAAAGAAGAAGCUAGAAAAAGGUUAUGGCAUGCGGAACAAGGUGUAUUAGCUGGUAAAUGGAAUAGGAAUAAAAGUUAUGAUAUGUUGAGACCCCCUAUAGGUGAUAGAGGUGGAUCAGCAAGUACAGUGGGAAGCAGAAGAAGUGAUAGAAGUCGUGCAGGCAGUUCUAAAGGCAAAGGCAAAGAUAAAGAAGGGAAAGGUAAAGGCAAAAAAGCAGUUUACGGGGCUUGGGCCGAUAAAGUGACCAAAGCCGAAAGGAAACCUAAAACUCCAGACGGACAUUUAACUAAUCCGGCAGGCGAUGGGGACUGGCUGUAUGACGGAGAUAACGAACGACCAGGUGCAUGGAAUCAUCCUUCUAAUGGUCACUCUGAAGGACACCAUGAACAAUUGCGUUGGACGAAAAAGCAAUUACAUAAAGUGAAAUCAAAGCUUGGACCCAAGUUCAACGAAGAUAACGGUAAAUCACCGUUCACUUUGGGAGAUGACGAAGAAGAAGAAGGGAAUCAAAGCGAGAUACAUUCAGAUCCUGAUACAGAUGAAGAAGUAUCACCUGCCUCAUCAACAAAACCGUUACCUUCGGAUGCUGUAGAUUUAGUUACGGACGAUCAACAAGCAGUUGAAAAAGCUCGAUCAAGAGAAUUGCGUCGUGGUGAACCACAAACCAAAGCCCCUUCCCAUGUAUAUAGGAAAACACUGAGAGAACCAGAAGCAAAAGACGAAGGUAGAAUCAUAGGUGUAGAGAAAGUUUACUCUAGAAUCCCAGAUCAAUCCAGAACAGGUCAAACCGAUAACGCAGGUAUAGACGAAGGUCAAAGUGAAGUUGUUGAAAGGGUAGAAACUAGUAUAACGGUCAGUCCACCGAAACAUGCCAUGACUUUAGAUAUGGAAGAGGAUAAUCCGUGGGCGUAG